CAUCGAUAUAUAUUUUCAAUGGGCGGUAUAUUCAAUACAGGAAGACCACAAUUUAAAGGUCGUGGACGUGGUAUGUCUACUCAAAGACCAGGCAUGGCUCAAUACCAACAACAGCAACAACAACAACAACAGCAACAAGCUAUUCCUUAUAAUGAUUUUCAACUCUUGUCUUGUGCUCGAGGAGGAAGCAAAACAAAUUUGAUUGACUUUAAGGAUGCUCAUAACAAUAUCAAUAUGGCAGAUUUCUCACGACCAGUCAAACUUCAUCGAAAAGAGUCCAGCUAUGCUUAUUACCAACGAAUGCAAAGACAAGGUUUUCGAAAUUAUGGCAAUGAUUCUCUCAAUAAUAAUAACAAUAAUAAUAAUAAUAAUCAUUCAACUGCGGCAACAUCUACCAGUACUUUAUCUACAGACAAUGCUGAUGCCUCGACACUUACAAAAACAGAUACCAAUGGAACAAGUACUCCCAAUACAACAAACAAUACUCAACAACGUUAUGAAAAAUAUCAACAAGGACCAAAAACAGGUGCUGAUACAUCACUGAUUGCACCCAUGGGUGGAGCUACUCGAAACAAACAAAUGCUUUUCAAGAAACGAACAAGACAGAUUUAUUUAGCCAAGGAGGAUACAAGGGAAUUGAAAGAACAAGAACAUCGACCAUGGAUCCUAGAAGACUUUACUGGUACCAAUAGUUUCACUGGUACUUUGGAAGGUGGUCAACGAUCUGACUAUGUAUUAUUUGUUUUAACGGAAAAUGGAUUCAAAGUAGUUCCUCUUGAUAGAUGGUAUAAAUUCCAACGAAAACGGCACAUACGUACUUUAACUGCGGAUGAAGUGGAAGAACAGUUGAAAAAGGAACGAAAACAAGCCAAACAUGAUAGCAAUCGAUGGAUGAUGUUGAAAAGGGAUGAAGAGGACUUGGGUGAUAGAUCAUCCUCACCAAAAUCAAGACUCAAAAUUGUGGAUACCGGUGAAUCAAGACGUGCGACCUCUGAUGAUGAAGGUGGUGGAAAACGACAUGAUUCCGAUAUUGAUGAUCUUGAUUUCGAUGAUGUAUUUCAAGACGAUGAAGAAGGAGGCAAUGAUCAUGAAAUGGAAGAUGAAGAUAUCAAGGAUGGCAAGGAACGUAUCAAGAAAGAACACAAAGGAUUUGCACCUCAACAAGAAGAUGGUGAUGAUGAACAAAAUCAUUUUGAAGAAUCCAAGCUGACAUUUGAAGGAAAGCAAAUGCGGAAAUUGGUUCGAGAUUUAGAGAAGAACCGUGCCUAUGAAAGUGAUGAAGAUAAGGAUCCAUAUGCCACAAGUGAAGAAGAACUUGAAUCAGAUUUGGAUGACGAAGAAGAAGGAUCUGACAAGGAAGGAAAGGAUAAGGAGAAACAGCAACAACAACAACAACAACAACAACAACAACUUGAAGAUGGCAUCAAAUCAACAACUACUCUCAAGAAAAAGACACCUGUCGCCAAACCUGGUAUGAGGAAAACAAUCAAGAAGAAAGAAGGUUUAUCACGACCUAUUGGACGACCUGGAUCACCCUCAGUCAAACGAGAAACUUCUCCUCCUAGGUCUUUAUCUUCUGGUCGUAGUGGUAGCACAAGUCCCAUGGAAUCCAGUCCUUCCCCACCAGGCUCAACAGAAAUUGGAGUUGUAGGCAAGAAACGAAAAGUGGAUGAUCAUGAACACCGUACCGGCAAACAGCAUCGUGUGACAUCACCUCGUCAUUCAUCACCAGCCUCCAAUCACCCAGAUGAUGCCAGUUUGAUUACUGAAGAAGAAGUAGUGGAAACUCUCCGUGGACGUACCAUGUCAACCAAGGACUUUUUGAUGCGCUUCCGAAAACGAAUCAAGAAAAACGAACGUAACAGAGAUGUCAUCACUACCUUAUUGAAACGUGUGGCAAGGCAUAAUGUGACAAGUGAUCCUAGUGUCAAGAUGUUGGAAUUGAAACCGGAAUUGGCCUAAAAUGCAUUUUUUCUAUUUAAUAUCUAUUGUUACC